UGUUUCCCAGUACUGGGUUGCAGCUGGAAAAGCAUCCGCUGUGUAAAACUGUGCAUGUAUAACUGCUGUGAAUAUGUUGGCGGUUCAUUCCGCUGUGGUGAAUGAAUGAAUCAAUUACCAUUUUCAACAAAUUAUAUACAAAAUUAUAAAGAAUAAAUAAAAAAACAACAAAUGCAGAAAUAAAACGGUUAUAAAAACAAUAACAGUAGUACACACAUUCUAGUUAAUAUUUCCAAUUAACUAAUUUUUCUGUUACUAUAUAAUAUAUAAUUUUUUUUACUCAGAGAAAACAGGAUUCUCAUUUUUUUUUUAGUCCAGAUAUAAACGGCAAUCCAGAUCUCAUGAGCCACUAUUUAAAACCAGCGUUCAGAUUUCUGAUGCCACAAUAAUGCUGUCUGUCCAUUAAUGAAGCAAUCAGGAUGUGUGUGCGUGUGUGUCGAACUGAAACCCUCCUCUACAAACCGAUAGUGUAAAACAUAAGAAACACUCCCUCUCUCAGCAUUUAAUCAUCCAGCAGCAGAAACAGCUCAACCACCAAACCAGAGCUCUCAGACCAGAGUCAAUGCAUGCAAGAGGACACAAGCCUCGCAAGAAGAGUAUCAAUGUCUACGGAAGCGCUGCUAACGGUUAUGUCCAACAUCACCAACACCACCGGCCCCCAGAUGCCCGGUGAGGGGAUCCGUAUCCUGCAGAUGAUCCUGACCGUGCUCAUCUUCACCGUGGGCAUCUCUCUGAACGCUCUGGUGGUGUGGGCGCUGGGCGUCCGCGUUUGGUGCCGCCGCAGAAGCUCAAUGGGUGAGACUCAGAGCGCAGACAGCUUCAGGAUCUACGUGGUCAACCUUGCGCUUGCAGACUUGGUGCUACUACUGCGUACGCCGCUAAUGCUUGCGUACUUGGCAAACAACUUCUCGUGGACCCUCGGGGAAGCCGUGUGCAGGCUGAUUAUUUAUUUACGUUGUCUGGGAUUGUACGCAAGCGCUUUUCUACUGUGUGCGGUAGCAGUGGAGAGAUGUUUGUGUCUACUUAGACCUGUUUGGGCACGAUUGAAGCGCCCUCGUUGGGUUGUACCGCUCGCUUGUGUUGCAAUCUGGGUGCUAGCUGCAGCAUUCGCAUCUCCAUAUAUCAAGUCGGCUAUUAUCGUUGACCUGAACAACCAUAAAGCAUGUAUUGAAUACAAUAAGGAGGCAGGACAGGCUUUGAUAGUGGUGGAAACGGUGUUCGGUUUCCUGCUGCCGCUGGUGAUCUUUAUGUCCUGUAAUAUUGCUGUGAUCUUCUGCGCAAAAAAGGCUGAAAGUUCAAUGUCGUCACCGACGUCUUCAUCCGCAUCGGCGUACACAUCGCAGAGAUUGACCCGACUUUACAGAGUUUUGUUUCUCACCAUGCUGCUGUUUUUGACCUGCUGGGUGCCGUAUUUUGUGUGCCGCUUUUUAAGGGCUCUUGCGCAAGAACGCGGAUGGACGACGCUCAAAGAACAAGCCAUAGGCGGCGCUUACGUGUCGCUGUUCCUGGUCUACUUUAAAAGCGCAGUCAAUCCCAUCCUCUACGUGUUUGCAGCUCGCGGACUCGGACGUACAGUCCGGGCGUCACUUCUAUCAACCAUCGAGAGAGUCUUCAACGAGGAGUUAUCAGAGUCUUUACGAAGAAAAUCCCUACGAAGGAGAGACUCUCAGUUUUAGAGGAGCAUCAAGAGGCGAAUUUCAAUUACAAACAACUGUGGAACAAUAUUUUGGACAAACCAACCACAAACAAUGAGACAAGCUGACUGCAGGAGUUAAACAUAUAAACAUCUCCACUAGAGAUGACUGACUGCUUGCAUUUUUUCUAUAAUCAUUCAAUGAACACAAGAGCAUUUCAGAAACUCAUCUGGCAUUGUUGUUUUUUCAAUAAUGGAACUGAUUGUAAGGUAUUAUUAUGUAGCAUUUAUUUGCAUUAUGGAGGGAAAAAAACUAAACAAAACAAAACAAAAAAAAACUGCGCUUUCCCUCCUUUGACUGAAGGCUUCGCUGCUAUUGUGAGACUUAAAGCAAGCUAAUAAUUAAUGUUUUUAUAUUUAUAUAUACACACAUACAUAGACUCAUGCAUAUUUAGAAAACUUUUAUAAUAGCGCAUAUUUCUACUGCAUGAAUAUAGGAUUAUAAUCUGCAUAUAUAUAUAUAUAUAUAUAUAUAUAUAUAUAUAUAAGGGCUGCACAAUAUAUUGUUUUAACAUCAUAAUGGGCAAGUAUGUAAUAGUCGGAUCGCUGGGAUCUGCAAAGCAGUUAUAAUUCCAACGGACCAAACAUUACAGUUGACAAAAGUGUUUCAAAUUUUAACCUUUGGGUGAAAGUUUAUUAUUUGCAUGAGUUUUCAAGAGAAUUUGAAGCAAACGUGAGCCAUUUGGGUACAAUAAAUUAAACGUUUCGGUAACUCUUUAUAAUAACUACACACUAUUAAUCAUUCAUUAAGCAUUACCAUCUAGUGAAUUCAUGAUUUGUAAAGCAUUAACUCCACAUUAGUAAGCAGGUUAUAACUGCAGCUACAAAUGCUGUAUUCUUAACUUAUAAGCACUUUUAUAAUGUGCUUAAUGUUUGUGUUUUCAUACUUUGUCAAUGAUUUAUUAUUCAAUACUAAAGUAAAUAUUGCAUUAUUUACAAACUAUUUGUAUUUAAGAGUAGUUGGUGGCUUUUAAAGAGUAUUCAGAAUGAGUUAUAAAAUGAUUAAUAAACUAUUAAAAUCAAUGUUUAUAUAUCUUAAUAUUCAAGCAUAUAGUAAUAGAUACUAUAUAUGUUAAUGAAUGCUUUAUUAACUCAACUUCAUCCAGUUUUGUGAUCUUAAAGUGAGGACUAUUCAUGCUUUAUAAAUCCCUAAUAAACGACAAUUAAAGACUCCGUAUCAAAUGAACAAUAAUCUUUGCAAUCUUAUCUAAAAGUAAAAUUACUGUAAAGUUUUAACAUCGCUGAAUAACAGGAGUGCCUAAAUACGACAUAAAAUUGGAAAAAAACAACAACA